AUGCCACCAAAAUCGCGUCAAUCACGUCAGAACUUGGUGGAACAAGAGGGCAGAAUCCAACUUGCAAUUAAAGCCCUAAAGAACUGCGAAAUUCUAAGUAUUCGUCGAGUAGCAGAAACUUUUAAUGUGCCCUAUACAACACUUUCAGAUCAACUAAGUGGACACUUAUUUCAAGGAGAACUUCGGAACCACAACCUCAGGCUAUCUAAAACUCAGGAAGAGACCUUGAUACAAUGGAUUAUAUCUAGGGAUACGCGUGGAGUCGCUCCCAGGCCAUCACAUGUACAGCAAAUGGCUAAUAUAAUCCUCCAACAGGAUUCACCAACGCCCCCCAAGCCAAUUGGGAAGAACUGGGUCACUGAGUUUAUCAAGCGCCAUGAUAGCAUUAAAUCUCGAUUUGCUCGACGAUACAACUAUUCACGUGCUCUUUGCGAAGAUCCUAAGGUUAUCAACAAUUGGUUCAAGCGCUUAAAAGAGGUUCAAGACAAGCACGGCAUUCAGGCUGAAGAUAUCUACAACUUUGAUGAGACUAGCUUUGCUAUGGGCCUUAUUACAACUACUAAAGUAGUUACACGGUCAAAUAUGCCAGGAAGGCCUCAUCUUAUUCAACCAGGCCAGCGCGAAUGGGUCACUACAAUCGAAUGUAUUAGCUCCACGGGAUUUAGUGUUCCAACAUGCAUUAUCUUUAAAGGAAAGAUAGGCCUCCGGUGGCUAGAGAAGUGCUUUAUUCCUGCAACAACUGCGCGGACUAAGGGGGGGUCUCAAUUACUAGUUCUAGACGGCCACGGGAGUCACCUCACGCCUGAAUUCGAUAAGAUGUGCAAGGACAAUAAUAUUAUAUGCAUCUACAUGCCUCCUUAUUCAUCUCACCUCUUGCAACCACUAGAUGUUGGUUGUUUUGGCCCAUUAAAGCGCGCUUAUGGGGGCCUCGUUGAGGCAAAGAUGCGGUUAGGAUACAACUAUAUUAACAAGCUUGACUUCUUGAAGGCCUAUCCUGCGGCUCGCCAACAGGUCUUCUCUAUAGAGAAUAUUCAAAGCGGCUUCCAUGCAGCUGGAAUACAACCUCACGAUCCUAGCCAGGUGCUUGAUAAGUUUAAUUACACGGUUCAUACGCCUACCCCCCCAGGAAGUAGAGGGGGGGCUUUAACAAGCUCUUCUACGCUUGCCACGCCUUAUACAGUUCAUCAACUACAUAAAAAAGUUUCAUCAGUCAAGAAGAUGCUUGCUAGGGGCCGCCAGACCUCUUUUAGUCCUUCUAAGCAAGCGCUAGAUGAGCUUAUAAAGGGCUGUGAGAUGGCAAUAUACAACACCGCGAUGACCCUUAAGGAAUUAAAUGAUCUCCGCGCAGAAAGCCAGAUUCAACAGCAAAAAAAAGGUCGAUCUAAACGGCAAAUGAGUCCUAUAGCUGGUCUACAAGUGCAAGAGGCAAGGGACCUAAUUACGUUGAGAAAUGAGCAAUUGAAUGUGGAUGAAGGGGGUCAUAGUAGUUCUACUCCGCUCGCUUCUGGAGCCCGAAAACGUGCGCCACCAAGGUGUAGUGAAUGUGGUAUACAGGGCCAUAUUCGAACUGGGUGUCCUAAUCGCCGUCAAACUUAG